UCUUACCGGAACGGGAGUUUGUGUUGUUUGAGGCGGUCCGGAGCUUUUUUAGGGGAGCACCUGCUUUACUCUCUCCGCUCUGAAGGCCAUUCAGCAGCUCUGAGGUUUAGGUUUAAACUCAGGCAGCUCCAGUCAUGACGCUUUUUCACUUUGGAAACUGUUUUGCCCUGGCGUAUUUCCCGUAUUUCAUCACAUACAAAUGCAGUGGACUGUCUGAAUACAAUGCAUUCUGGAGAUGUGUUCAAGCAGGGGCUACUUAUCUCUUUGUACAGCUUUGUAAGAUGAUGUUUCUUGCCACAUUUUUCCCCACGUGGGAAGGAGGAGCCGGAGUGUACGACUUUGUCGGGGAAUUCAUGAAGGCCACAGUGGACAUGGCAGAUCUGCUGGGUCUUCACCUUGUCAUGUCCAGAAAUGCUGGAAAGGGAGAAUACAAAAUAAUGGUGGCUGCCAUGGGCUGGGCCACUGCUGAACUGGUUAUGUCAAGGUGCAUUCCUUUGUGGGUUGGGGCUCGAGGCAUUGAAUUUGACUGGAAAUACAUUCAAAUGAGCUUCGAUUCCAACAUCAGUUUGGUUCACUAUAUUGCUAUGGCUGCAGUAGUUUGGAUGUUCACAAGAUAUGACCUUCCCAAAAGCUUCAGAUUGCCUGUUACUGUACUGCUGGGGCUUUGUGUGUACAAGGCCUUCCUGAUGGAAUUGUUUGUUCAUGUGUUUCUGCUGGGAAGCUGGACAGCUCUGUUGGUGAAGGCGGUGCUCACUGGUGCCAUCUCCCUCUGUUCUCUCUUCCUCUUCAUCACACUGGUUCACAGCAACUGAGGCUUUUCUUAUGUUUCUAUACACUCAGGUAUUUUGGAGGAAAAAUACCCAACAAUGCCAUAUAGGACAUUUUGUCUAACAAAAGGGGGCCAGCUAAAUUUCUAAUUCUGUCUGUUGUAUUUUUAUUUGUGUUUCAAAGUAAUAAAUUAACAUUGUACAGUAA